CAGAAGCCCCCGCCUCCCUCUUCGACAUAGAGUAUACAGGUAGAGUUGGUUUCGAGGUAGUUCUGUUUUUUUGUGAGCUUACUGCCUUCUCUGUACCCCUCUCCAGUUGACGGACCGGCUAGCCAGAAGGUGGCCAGAGGCAAAGUCAGCCAAGCAGACGACGAGAACAGCGACAAGCAGCAGGACCAAGACCAGGACCAGAACCAGGACCAGGACCAGGACCAGGACCAAGACCAGGACCAACAGCAAGAACAGCUACCAACUACGACUUAGGUCAAAGACGUCAGACGAUGGAGCACAUGCCACCGCCACCGGAUGACAUUCCCCCGCCACCUAUGGUGACGGGAGAGUUCCUUCCCCCUCCGCCGCUCGAGGACCUAAACGUAGGAGGAGACGGUCUCCCACCGCCAGACGUCACUGCUUUGCCUGUUGACCUGCCGCUACCUGACUUUGGCGUUGCCUCGGACGUUCCGCCACCGCCUGACCUGGACGAGCUGGCUGAGCCGGACAACGUCAACAAGAUCGAUCUGCUGCCGACGAUGGCUGGAGGCGAUGUCGGUACGGGUAGCGCGGCCGGGGCCGGGGCCGAGGCUGAUGGCGUCGGGGGAACUUUCCGCUGCCACCGGAUGACUCGCCCGCUCCACCGCCACAGGGAGGCGGCCUUGACUUUAUUCCGCCGCCGCCGGACGACGAGGCACCGCCGCCGCCGACGCAUGCUACUGCGGAUGGCGAGGAGAGCGGAGGGAGCAUGGUGCCAGCAGGCGGUGAUGCGGGAGCCGACGCUGCCGUUGGCGGCAGCGAGUAUGCCGGGGCCGACAUCGAGUCGUCGGCCGGACCGUCGUCGCUGGGUACUUGGGACGGCGAAGAGUCGUCGUUUGACGCGUCGGUCUAUGCCAAGUCGUCCAAGCUCAUGGAUCCGCUGGGCGCGGCAGCGGCGGCGACCAAGGCGCAUAACCUUCCGGCGAUGGAUAUCGAGCCGCUCAAGGGCCGGAGUGUGGCUGAGCUGCUAAGCGAGUUUCCGACGCCACCGGGAGUGGUGAUCGACGAAGGCCUAUCCGAGGCGGAGGAGCUGGAGAAGUUCCAGGCGUUGAUGGUGCGAGCGUGUAAGGGCGCGAACUUGAUUGCGGCGUCGGAGCGGACGGAGCUCGACGAGUGGAUGGUGAAGAAGGCACCAGCGACGGUGGAGUCGCUGCAGCGCGAGGUGCACCAGUCGUUCCUCAAGGGCGCCAAGGGCCUCGGCAAGUCGAUUGCCAAAAAGGUGACCAAGUCGAACAUCCCCGUGGUCGAGCUCUCCAAGUACUGGCUCGACUUUGGCGGGUACUCGCGGAGCAACGUGUGCCCGCUGGCGCGCGAGCUCACGCAGACGAUCAAGGUGACGAACAAGACGAAGAACAAGGCCAAGCUGAGCCUCAUCAUGCCUGCCGAGACGUAUGGGUACACGUUUAUUGCGGACGUGACCGAGGCGCUGCUGAAGAAGAAGCAGUCUGUGGACAUCACAUUCUCGCUCAAGGUCGACAAGGGCUCUGCGGUCAUCACGCACGUGGUGGUGGUCGAGGUGGAGGGCGGAGCGCGGCAUCUUGUGCCGAUCAACAUUGUGGCGGAGGACUCUGUGUUUGGCAUUCCGCACGAGCAGCAGAUCGUGGUGGAGGACAACGGGUUUUCCAUCCCGCAGCCGCUGGCGCUCCUCCGGGCGGCGUUUCUGGCCAACGGUGGGCUCACGCACUCGAACAUCUUCCGCGGCUCGGUCCUCGAAGACGAGCUGCAAGAUACCAAGGACUUGCUCAACCGCAAGCAGUUUACCGCCAACUCGACAACCAACAUCGAGAUCAUCGCGGCGCUGAUCAAGGUCUGGUACCGCGAGUGCGAGCCGAACCUGCUCAACACGGUCCCCAUCGAGUCGUUUGACGCAUGCGACUCGGAGGCGCAGUGUCUCGAGCUUCUCGAGUCAAUUCCCGAGCCGCACCUCAACCUCCUCAAGUACCUGCUUGUCUUUCUUGCAGACGUCGCUCGCAACGAGUCGGUCAACGGCAUGUCCGUCCGCAACCUCUCCAUCGCCAUGGCGCCGAAUCUCAUCAACCUCGACGACAUCUCGCCCAUCGAGGCGCUCACUAUCUCGCAGCGCGUUGUCGGCUGGCUCUAUAUGUGCCUCUCGUCGACGCUGCACACGCUCGCUCUCUCGACCACGUAACGGCCUGUAAAUGAGCAGCGAGCGAA